AUGGAAUUUCAUUAUCCAACCUUUGACUUGGCACCGGCGUUCCCGUUCCGGGAGGUGCACCUAAAGAUGGACGUCGACCCGCGGCAACAGUUCGAGAUACUGCCGGAGCUGGGCCGGGGUACCUUCGGUACGGUGUUUCACUGCCGCGAGAAGGCGACCGGGCUGGAGCUGGCGGCCAAAAUCGUGCCGUACAAGAAGAAGAACGACCGGAGCGACAAGGUGCGUGAGAUCGACCUGAUGAGCUGCCUACACCAUCCGCGGCUGAUCCAGCUGUACGAUGCGUUCGACUACGAGAACAAAUUCUACGUGAUCCUGGAGCUUAUUCAAGGUGGCGAGCUGUUCGAGCGCGUCACCGACAACGACUUUGUGCUGACGGAGAAGGCGUGCGCCGUCUUUAUGCGACAGAUCUGCGAGGGCAUGGAGUACAUUCACAGCCGAAGCAUCAUCCACCUAGACAUGAAGCCAGAAAACAUCCUCUGCCUCACAAAGACCGGCAACCGGAUAAAGAUUAUCGAUUUCGGGUUCGCCCGCCGGUACGAUCCGGGCAAGAAGCUGCAGGUGAUGUUCGGGACGCCCGAGUUCGCCGCCCCGGAAGUGCUCAACUUCGACGAGAUCUACUUCUACACCGACAUGUGGAGCCUCGGUGUGAUCUGCUACAUGCUACUGUCCGGGCUGUCACCGUUCGUCGGCAGCGACGACAUGGAUACGAUGAACAACGUCCUGCAGGGCAGCUACUCGUUCGACUACACCUCGUUCGAGGCGGUCUCGGAGAGCGCCAAGGACUUUGUCCGCAAGCUGCUGGUGAAGGACGGCGAGAAGCGGCUGACGGCGAAGCGGGCCCUCAAGCACCGGUGGCUGGCGGAGACGACGGCCCAGGGCACCACCGAACUGUCUGUAACAAAAACGAAGUUGAAACGCUAUGUUAUCAAGAAACGAUGGAUCAAGGCGGUCAAUACGAUCAUCGCACUGCGGCGUAUGGGCGCCCGGAUCGAUUACGAUCUAGUGUAGGGACACCUGGAAACGGUUUUUCCCAGGUAUGGGGCCUGAUUUUCGUUUCUACUUUCCGCCUGGUCAGUGAAAGAGACAGAGGAUAGAGAGCGGCGGGGUGAUGCCGGUCAUCUUAUGAACGACAUGGUGCGGAAAAAACAGGAAUCAGAGGAUCGCAUUACAGGAAUUGCCUAAAAUGAACAUCAGCUAGUAGAACAUCUGAGAAGGAAAAUUCUCUAAUUACGGAGAACCCACCCUUUCUCUCUCUGUCCCUCUUUCUCUCUCUCUCUCUAUUGUAGGGCUCGUCGACUCAAUUACAGCCCCACAAUACAAAUACACACGCCCGGCACUCACGCCCACCCAGCAGAAAACUUCCCAAGAUCCAGGAAUAUCUCCGACCGACCUCAGAAACCCGUUCCGGCGAUUCCCGUGUUGCAUAAUUCAUCCGUUCCACAGCAUCCUCCGGCACCGGGGCCCGAUCCAGGCUCGUCUCCAUUUCCCCUCCGUUCCCUUUCGGAUAGAGCGAUAGGUUGUAAUUAUUUGUUAUACUAGCAAUAAAACUAAGUUUACCGGAUAC